GUGCUUGUGCUCUUUCGGUUUGUGCCACAAAUUCCUGAAGCUGAUCGCUAUGGUACACUUCAGCGGCCAAGUAUUAGACACUUCCUCUCCUGCUGCCAGCUGCUACCCGCGGGGCCGGAUGACUUUCAUCGACGGGUCAAAUUGAUACUCGCAGGAGUUUGGGGGAGUGGCUGUGUGAGGAAGGAAAAGUUAUGUGAAAAAAAUAAUCCGUCGAGAGGCGAACUGAAGCUUUGGAGAGUGAUUGUCACUCAGAUUAAAGAAGAGCACCAGAAAGCAGGGCGCUUGGAAGUUGGAAUUGAAUUAAUUGACAAGCACGCCGUCUGAUACAACCGGGGAGGGAGUGAAUCGUAGAGACUGCCAUUUCUGCAAAGAACAACCCAAACAGGAGGGAGACGACCACAGGAUUCCAGCAUGGAUUACAUUGAAAAAAUUUUUAAACUGGCUCAAACUGUUUAUUCACUCUGUGGUGAGGUGAAAAUGAAUCGCAAGCGGUGCCAGCGCCUGAAGGUUCGAAUCGAAUGCCUCAUGGAAAUUGUGGCCGAUUUUCGGAAUCAUCAGGACCUGAUUAAGCCAAAGAUUAUGAAGGAGAUGAUGGGGAUUUUGGAGUUUGCAGGAGAUUUUAUAAAGUCUUUCACCAACAAGCAUGGAUUCUCCAAGGUCUUCAAGGCUUAUGAAAUCAAGGAAGACUUCAAUCAUCUCAAUGAGCGAAUAAAUGAUGUCGCUAGUGCCUUCGUCCUGGCCCUGCAAACUAAAGAAAUAAUUUUGUCGAAUUUGGUGAACACGUUUGACGAAAAACAAAGGGGAAAAGAUGAUGAACAAGACACAAAGGAUGAUGAGCAAGAUCUGGAGAAGACUGCAAAGAAGUUGGAAGAGGCAUUGCACUCAAUGGGGGAGAUGUUGCAACAGACUGUGAAUGAUGGCGUGCAGGAAAUAAAAAUGGACUUGAAGGACAUCAAACGUAUACUUGAUUCAUACAAUGAGAAAUUUUCUGCCCACCCAGUGAAGCAUAUUUCGGAUUUAAAAAUAGAUGACAUCGAAAUGGAAAACAAACCUUUCAUGGAAACUGACAAAUUCAAAUAUUACAAAGGAAUGCUUUAUGGAUUCCCAGUGGCCAUUAAACGUUUCCUUAAUGUUGGAUUUUCUAAUCUGAACGAAAUUCAGAAAACCUUUUACAAUGAGGCUCAGACCAUGAAGCAUUAUGAAUCGCCAAAUAUUGUGCGAAUUUAUGGAAUCUGCAUUAAUCAGAAGGAUCAUGAGUUCUUGAUCGUGAUGGAGUACUGUGAGCUCGGGACCCUGCGCAGUGUUCUGAUAGGAGAGCAGAACCUCAGCUGGCAGACACGUGUUCGCAUGGCACGAGACGCUGCCAGUGGCUUGUACAGGCUGCACGAGUCAUAUGAAAAGUUCAAACUUCACUGUUCCAUUGACAGCACUACAUUCCUGGUAGAUCACAGCCUCAGAGUGAAGUUAGCAGGCUUGCAGCUAGCAAAGACAGAGUCCUCAAUCCGACACAUCAGUACUUCCAGUCAGAGAUCCCAACAGAUCGCAUACAUUUCACCGCAGCAAUUGAACGAUGUCAACUACAAAUAUGACAAGCCUUGCGAGGUGUACAGUUUUGGAAUUGUCCUAUGGGAGAUAGCCAGUCGAAAGCUACCAUUUAAAGAUUGCAAUGCUGAUGUUAUCCACCAAAAGGUCUGUGAUGAAAAGUUCCGAGAACCUCUGCCUAGUGACUGUCCCAAGGACUUAUGUGAACUGAUUGAUGAAUGCCGUGCUGAUGACCCAUUUGAACGUCCGAAAGCUGGAGUUAUUGUCAGCAGACUGAAGGGUAUUCUGAACAGAAUUUCUGGAGCACGUAACACAUCAUGGGAUUGAACCCAGCCAUCUCACUUGAUCAUCAAGCUCCAUAAUUACUGAUUCCAGGUUAUAAUAAUUUGUAGAGGCACUCCACUCAACUCCCUCAUAAUCUUUGUGUCAUAUCAAUAUAUUGUUUGUGACUUCUGUCUCUCACAUACAUUAAAUGUGCAACACUGGUCAACUAACUACAAUAAAGUAUUUCUUACACUCUUAA